AUGUUGCGACAAGGGCACCUCAAAGAACUACUGAGCGAUCGGGGAAGAACUAACUUUGCCAGGGGACGCGAACAACAUCAAGGACUACUGAAGCCGCCCUCACCAGCCCGCACCAUCCAUAUGAUCAUCGGCGGUGAAAAUGAUGCUUCCAUCAACAGUGUAAAAUUUACCACGACCCACAAGCUCAAACAGUCGAUCACCUACGAAUGGUAUGACGAACUCGAAGAAAGUAUCAUCUUCGAUAAGUUAGAUACCAACGGUUUGGCAUUCCCUCACUAUGACGCUCUUGUUAUUACUUUACGAAUUUUAAAUACCGACGUAAGACGGAUUAUGGUAGAUGACAAAAGCGGCACGUAUAUUAUCCAUCCCCGAGUACUCACACAAAUGAAACUCGAGGACAUAGUACCACGCUACAUCACACUAACGGGUUUUAACAAUGCAGUUAAACGAACAUCUGGCGAGAUCACACUCCCCAUCCUGGCAGGUGGUGUCACUCUAGAGACCACAUUCCACAUCAUGGAUCAGGACAUGGCAUACAAUGCCAUAAUAGGGCGACCGUGGAUACACACCAUGAGAGCUAUACCUUCCAGCUUGUACCAAGUCAUCAAAUUUCCAACUCCAUAG